AUGAAUCAAAAAAUUGUUACCUCAUCUAAAGCGAAUGAAAAGUGAGUUACCCAAUUCUCAGUUAUCGACAAACUUUUCAAAAAUCAAUUUAGACCUGAGAAAACUUCGAGCAAUCCAAAAAUUCAUGUCAAAGAUAUAAUCUACUCUGAUUCUGAUACGGUAACCGAAUUUUCGAAUAAAGAAUUUCCCAAUUUUUCGCGCGAAGAUGAUGUCGGAAAUUUGAUAAUUGUGCGAAUUUUUGAUGAUAACUUUUCGGAUCCGAAAAUAGCGGAAAAUCUUGGCGACGAACUUCGAAGCCUUCAAAGAAAUUUCAAAGUUUUUUGCGCGCCUCAUCAAUCGACUUUGCUAUUUGCCAAUGAGAUCGAUAAAAAGCGGCAAGAUCGAAAUAUUCCGAAGGUGACUGCGAAAUUCGCAGAACCUGCGGCCAAGUUUCGAUUCUUGCCACAAAAUGAGAUACAGAAGAUGAAACUUGCGGCGGUGUUUAGUAAAACUUCGUGGAGUGCUAAAAAUAAUGAGACAUCUGAGGAAAUAUCGAAAAGAAUUGAGUGGACAUAUGAACAGUGCGUUUAUUUUGUUUGCCGCGAGACUCUAAUUUUUGUUUUGUAGAAUCUUUGCCCAAUUUUCCGACGUAGUUUUUGUCUGCGGUUCGAAUGUGGCUGAAGUUUUGGUGAAUUUCGCCAUCAAAAAUGCAAAAAUUCGCGCACCCCUUCAACAAAAUGCCAAAAUUCAAAUCGAUCAUUAUACAAGAAAAGUGAGUUUAAAAAAUCAAAGAAAUAAAACUAUUUGAUUUUUACAGAAGGAAGAAUGGAAAAGAGUGGCGAAACAAGGAUAA